AUGUUAAUGAAUGUGCAGAUCCCACAACCUGCAUUAGCGGCACAUGUGUCAACACUGCUGGUAGCUACACCUGUGAGUGCCCUCCGGAUUUUGAGCUGAAUCCCACCCGAGUUGGAUGCGUUGAUACACGGUCUGGCAACUGUUACCUGGACAUUAAAACUCGUGGCGAUAACGGUGGCACCUUCUGCAGCAAUGAGAUUGGAGUGGGUGUUUCCAAGGCCUCUUGUUGCUGCUCUCUGGGCAAAGCCUGGGGAGUCCCCUGCGAACAUUGCCCACUUGUGAACACAACUGAAUAUAAAGUUCUUUGUCCUGGAGGGGAAGGAUUCCGACCAAACCCUAUUACAGUUAUAUUGGAGGAUAUUGAUGAAUGCCAAGAACUACCUGGACUUUGCCAAGGAGGAAAGUGUAUCAAUACGUUUGGUAGCUUCCAGUGUCAGUGUCCGUCAGGGUACUACUUGAACGAAGAGACUCGAGUGUGCGAUGAUGUGAAUGAGUGUGAUACGCCUGGCAUUUGUGGACCUGGUACAUGUUACAAUACUGUUGGCAACUACACCUGCAUCUGUCCUCCUGACUACAUGCAGGUCAAUGGAGGAAACAACUGCAUGGAUAUGAGAAGAAGUCUGUGUUACAGAAAUUACUAUGCUGACAACCAAACCUGUGAUGGUGAGCUGCCCUUCAAUAUGACCAAGAAAAUGUGCUGCUGUUCCUACAACAUCGGACGUGCAUGGAACAGGCCCUGUGAACAGUGUCCUAUCCCGAGCACUGAUGAAUUCUCCACACUCUGUGGAAGUCAAAGGCCUGGCUUCUUCAUUGACAUUUAUACAGGAUUACCGGUUGAUAUUGAUGAAUGCAGAGAGAUUCCUGGAGUGUGUGAAAAUGGGAUCUGUAUAAACAUGGUUGGCAGCUUCCGAUGCGAGUGUCCUGUGGGUUUCUUCUACAACGACAAGCUGCUGAUCUGCGAAGAUAUUGAUGAAUGCCAAAAUGGACCGGUGUGUCAGCAAAACGCAGAGUGUGUCAACACGGCUGGCAGCUACCGCUGUGACUGUAAACCUGGCUACAGGUUCACAUCAACCGGCCGCUGCACUGAUCGGAACGAAUGUCAAGAAAUCCCCAAUAUCUGCAGCCAUGGUCAGUGUAUUGACACUGUUGGAAGUUUCUACUGCAUUUGUCACAACGGAUUCAAGACCAACGAUGACAGAACCAUGUGUAUAGACAUUAAUGAGUGUGAGAGAGAUGCCUGUGGCAACGGAACCUGCAGAAACACCAUUGGCUCUUUCAACUGCCGCUGCAAUUUGGGGUUCAUCCUCUCACACAACAAUGACUGCAUAGAUGUGGACGAGUGUGCAAGUGGAAAUGGAAUGCUCUGCAGGAAUGGUCAGUGUGUGAACACGAUCGGGUCCUUCCAGUGUCUCUGCAACGAUGGCUAUGAGGUGGCUCUGGAUGGAAGGACUUGUGUUGAUAUAAAUGAGUGUGCACUGGAGCCUGGGAAGUGCUCGCCGGGCACAUGUCAGAACUUGGAUGGGUCAUUCAGAUGUAUCUGUCCUCCUGGAUAUGUACUGCAGAAUGACAAAUGUGAAGACAUUGAUGAGUGUGUGGAACAGCCAGAAAUUUGUGCCCUGGGCACAUGCAGCAACACUCCAGGCAGUUUCAAAUGUCUGUGUCCAGAAGGAUUUGUGUUGUCUUCCACAGGAAGGCGAUGCCAAGAUCUGAGAGUAAGCUACUGCUUUACCAAAUUUGAAGAUGGAAAAUGCUCUGUGCCCAAGUCCCGGAACCACUCCAAACAAGAGUGCUGCUGCGCCCUGAAGGGACAGGGAUGGGGAGAUCCCUGUGAGCUCUGCCCAGAGGAAGCAGAUGAGGCAUUCAGACAGAUUUGUCCGUUUGGAAUUGGCAUCCUUGUUGGACCUGGAGAUGCAAGACUGGAUGUGGAUGAGUGCCUUGAUCCAGAUAACUGCAAAUUUGGGCAGUGUAUCAACACAGAUGGGUCUUUCCGCUGUGAGUGUCCAUAUGGUUACAUCCUACAUGGAGCUGAAUGUGUGGAUACUGAUGAAUGUGCUGUUGGGAAUCCGUGUGGAAAUGGGACUUGCAGGAACGUGGUGGGAGGUUUUGAAUGCACCUGCGUUGAUGGAUUUGAGCCUGGACCGAUGAUGACCUGUGAAGAUGUCAACGAGUGCAUUCAGAACCCUCUGCUCUGCGCUUUCCGCUGCGUGAACACUUUUGGAUCCUACGAGUGCAAGUGCCCUGCGGGGUACGUUCUGCGAGAGGACCGGAGAAUGUGCAGAGAUCAGAAUGAGUGUGAAGAAGGAAUUCACGACUGUGACUCAAAACAGAUGGAAUGCAAAAACCUAAUUGGCACCUAUAUGUGUAUCUGUGGACCAGGCUAUCAGCGCAGACCAGAUGGAGAGGGCUGUAUAGAUGAGAAUGAGUGUCAGACCAAACCUGGGAUCUGUGAGAACGGCCGUUGUGUAAACACAGUGGGAAGUUACAGAUGUGAGUGCAACGAGGGAUUCACUGUCAGUGACACUCAGAACGAGUGCCUGGACAACAGGGAGGGCUACUGCUUCACUGAAGUCUUACAAAGUAUGUGUCAAAUCGGAUCAAGCAACAGGAACUCUGUCACCAAGUCUGAAUGCUGCUGCGAUGGUGGCCGAGGCUGGGGGCAAAACUGCGAGGUCUGCCCCUUCCCAGGCACCGUGGCCUUCAAGAAGCUUUGCCCUCACGGCCGAGGAUACAUGUCUAAUGGGGCAGAUAUUGACGAGUGCAAGGUCAUUCACGACGUGUGCCGUAAUGGGGAAUGCAUUAACGAGAGGGGAUCUUACCGUUGUCACUGCAACCUGGGCUAUACUACAGAUAUAACUGGAACUGUUUGCAUAGAUCUGAAUGAAUGUAAUGAGUCCCCCAAGCCUUGCAAUUUCAUCUGCAAAAACACAGAGGGGAGCUUCCAGUGUUCAUGUCCAAAAGGGUACAUCCUGCAGGAAGAUGGGAGAAGCUGCAAAGAUCUUGAUGAAUGUGCAACAAAGCAGCACAACUGCCAGUUCCUUUGCGUCAACACUAUUGGGGGUUUCACUUGUAAAUGUCCUCCUGGAUUCACUCAACACCAUACAGCCUGCAUUGAUAAUAAUGAAUGUGCUACCGAAAUCAAUCUAUGUGGGGCGAAGGGCAUUUGCCAGAACACACCAGGAAGCUUUGUUUGUGAGUGUCAGCGUGGCUUCUCACUCGACCAAACUGGGCUUAGCUGUGAAGACGUUGAUGAAUGUGAUGGAAACCACCGGUGUCAGCAUGGCUGCCAAAAUAUCAUUGGAGGAUACAGGUGUAGCUGCCCACAAGGAUACCUCCAGCAUUACCAGUGGAACCAGUGUGUUGAUGAAAAUGAAUGUCUCAGUGCACACAUUUGUGGAGGAGCGUCUUGCCACAAUACUUUGGGAAGCUAUAAAUGUAUGUGCCCUACCGGAUUUCAGUAUGAACAGUUUAGUGGAGGUUGCCAAGAUAUCAAUGAAUGCGGUUCUGCACAAGCCCCAUGCAGUUAUGGUUGUUCAAAUACUGAAGGUGGCUAUGUCUGUGGAUGUCCACCUGGUUACUUCAGAAUAGGACAAGGACACUGUGUUUCUGGAGUGGGGCUAGGCAAAGGUCAAGGACAAGAGCUUUCACUCAGUGGAGAAGUGGAUGACAACUCCCUCUCUCCAGAAGCGUGUUACGAAUGUAAAAUCAAUGGCUAUCCCAAGAGAGGAAGGAAGCGCAGAAGCACUAAUGAAACUGCAAAUGAGGCAGAGGAUCAGCAAGAGUUGGAGCCGCCAAUCAGUCUCGCCAGCUGGGAUAUUGAGAAAGCAGCAGUCUUCUCCAUCAACAUCUCGGAUCUCAGUAACAAAGAUCGCAUCCUGGAACUGCUUCCUGCCCUCACAACACUGACAAACCAUAACCGAUAUUUAAUUGACUCUGGAAAUGAAGACGGUUUCUUUAGAAUCAAUAAGAAGGACGGGAUAAGUUACCUUCAUUUCACAAAGAAGAAGCCAGUUCCUGGCAACUAUUCAUUACAAAUCAGUAGUAUUCCACUCUAUAAAAAGAAGGAACUUAACCAGCUUGAAGAGAAACAUGACAAAGACUACCUCAGUGGUGAGCUGGGAGAUAACCUGAGAAUGAAAAUUCAGAUAUUGCUUCAUUAAUUCAUCAACCAAAGACCAAUUAAUUAAACCAAAGAUAGAUAGGUAGGACUGAAUGUUCCUCCCAAUCAGAUUCUCCAUAUCAUAGGUACAGUCUUACAUAAGUACAUUUGUAUGAACAAGCACUACUAUAUUAAUACAUAAACAAGGUACAGGAUGAACACCCUAGCUCAAAACAACCACUUUCUCAGGCUUUUGAGUGUAGCUGAGCUACCCUGAUAUGUUGAAUCUUGAAAACUGGGACUUUUAUCAUUGGAAGUUGGCCACUGAUGCUGAGACACGUCAUCAUUUCAGCAGAGGUACAAGAAUGUGCUUUCAACUGAUGGACAGCUCUAUUUUUGUAAUUCUUAAACUUCGCUUCUCCAACUACAACUUACUAGGUCAGCCAUUUAUGAUAUCCAUUUGGUGCUAGUAAAUUUUCAACCUAGAUUUAUAAAUGCACUGUAAUAUUUACACAACUUAGAAGCCAAAAUUGCCAUUAUUCAGUCUAAAUACUUCAAUCAACCAAAGUUAGCUCAGUAGUUUAUCUCAGUUAUGCCUAUAAUACAUUACAUGUAAAUUAAGUGUGUGUAUACUGUAAUCAUGCUAUUUUCAUAAAUGAAGCAUUUGUAAACUAGAUUAAUAAUACCCUUAAUGUGAGGGUUUGUAAUGGUGCUUAUAAGACCAACUACUUGUUAACUGUAUACACAAACCUGAUGAUAAAGUUCUGUGACUUAUCAAAAUGCACUGAGGUCAGUAGGGACCAUUAAACAUUCUCAAAAGUCAGAUGACAAUCAGUGCCAUCCUACACCAUGACAUGAUGUAAUGUGUCAAGAGUGCCCAUAGUCAUUCAUAUCAACAAGGGUUCAAUGUCAUAAAUGUCACAAUAAAACAGUUUUUUUUUU